AUGAGCAUCACUCUCAACAUGAAGACUUUCCUGGUACUAGUGGCGCUCUCCUGUGUUGCCACAUGUUGGUGCUAUCCUCUUGGGGAUGGUCCCGAACGUUCCGAAUGUCAAGAAAAUGAAAGCCUCGGAGGACAAGAAAGUCAGGGAAGAAAAGGCCCCGGAGGCCCCGGAGGUCCCGAAGGUCAAGAAAGAGAAGGCCCCGUAGGACAAGAAAGAGAAGGCCCCGGAGGUCCCGGAGGUCAAGAACAAUCACAACCACGCAGACAAGCACCACCAACAGAAGGCCCCGGAGGUCCCGAAGGUCAAGAAAAGGAAGGCCCCGGAGGACAAGAAAAUGAAGGCCCAAGAUGUCCAGAAGGUCAGGGGAGAAGAGGUCCCGGAGGUCCCGGAGGUCCCGGAGGUCCCGAAGGUCCAGAAAUAGAAGGCCCGGGAGUUCAAGAAAGAGAAGGUCCCGGAGGUCCCGGAGGUCAAGAACAAUCACCACCACGCAACAAAGCACCACCAACAUAA